AUGUCUAUUUUGAAACGCCUCUCGGCCUUUUUCACCGGCCCGACUCCCGAAGACAUAUCCGCCGCGAAAAUCAAGGCCCAGGCGCUGAUUAACGAUAAUGGUGUGGUUGUUUUCUCUAAGAACUACUGUCCAUACUGUGCUGCUACCAAACGUUCAUUGAACAAGCUCGGUACUCAAUACACUUUGAUUGAAUUGAAUGAAGUUGAUGAUGGCCGCGCUCUGCAGAGUGCGCUUCAAGAACUCACGUACCAGACCACGGUGCCCAACAUUUUCAUUCAACAGAAGCACAUUGGCGGAAACUCUGAGCUCCAGGACAUGACAGAAGAGCUUCCCGAACUUCUCAGAGGGGCUGGUGCCCUUUGA